AUGGCCCGCGUCUUCACAACCUUGGCCUCAUCGGCCCAAGUGCUUCCAGUUCCUGCACCGUUCUCCAACUCGUCUUACAAUCUCUCAUUCUGGGGUCCUUCGUACAAAUGCCAGCGACUGAACAACGAGGCUCUACAUGGGACUGCACCUUCGGAUCUCAACAAUACCGUCUUCAUAUCAGCUGCAGGCAGCAAUCCGCUGUGGAACGACAACGCCACACAGCCCACUGAGAUUUCGACAUGCACUUCACCAAACGGCAUUCAGACGCUGACGCCAAUCUCAGUCGACCACAUCGCCUAUGCCAAUUGGAAUGAAAGCGCUGCUAUCAACUUCGCAGCGCCUUCAUACUCAGAAGUAGAUCCAACAGUGAAUGCAGGCUUUUACAUAAUCCAGAUGAUCCUCUCGGGUCUUCUCCAAGGCGAACUGGUUCAGACUCUUUGCCUGUCCAGAAUUAUGGACACCAGCAGCUAUUAUUAUAAACAUGGCAACGACUCCACUAAAACUUCUAAUGGACUUGACCAACCGCAACUACUAUUUCUACGGCAGUACGGUCCUGCUAGCGGCUUACAUGAGUGCGCUGGCUGUCACGAUUGCGUGCGUCGUCGUCGGCUUCUUCGCCCUGCGACGAAACGGCGUCCCCAAAACAACUCGUUCUCAAGUGUCUUGAUGACGACUCGGAAUCCGGAGCUGGACCGCUUGGCCGUCGGCCAUUGCUUGGGAUUCGAGCCGCUGAGGGGGGAUAUUGAUAAGGUUCGGCUGCAGUUUGGGGAGGUCGAGGGCGCAAAUCUGCGACAUAGGCAUGCGGCGUUCGGGUCCAAGGGGUCGGUGACAGCCCUCUCUAAGGGCGAGGAUUAUUAUUAG